AUGGCAACUACAACAACCUCAACAGCAACAACCGCCGUGACGAGUUCUGGCCAAUACCUUCACGGCCCCAAGAAUCUCCAAUUCGAAUCUCGACCUGUCUCAUCUCUACAGCCCGACGAGGUUCAAGUUGCCAUUCGCUCGACGACGUUGUGCGGUUCAGAUGUCCACUACUACCUGCACUUCCGCAAUGGUAGCAUCCAGGCCCGCGAACCGCUAUGCCUAGGUCACGAGUCUGCUGGCCAGGUUGUCAAUGUUGGUUCCAAUGUCUCCCAAUCGCGGCCAGAAAUAAACGUUGGUGAUCGAGUCGCAUUGGAAGUAGGAGUACCAUGCGAAGAUUGCGAUCUCUGCAAGUCUGGGCAAUACAACAUCUGUCCCUCGUUGAGAUUCCGCAGCUCAGGGUCAAAGUUCCCCCACUUCCAAGGCUUACUACAGGAGAAGGUCAACCAUCCCGUGAAAUGGGUACACAAGCUACCAGAUUCGUUGAGCUUCGAGAUUGGCGCUUUGCUCGAACCUCUGGCCGUCGCCAUCCACGCUGUUAAGAGAGUGGGACCGGUAUGGGAUGCGAGCGGCCAUAAGAGUUGCUUGGUGUUCGGUGCCGGAGCUGUAGGCUUGCUUUGUGCAGUGGCGGCCCAGGCGGCGGGAUGUCGCAAAGUUGUCAUGGCGGACAUCGACGAAGGAAGAUUGAAGUUUGCCUUGGACAACGGGUUCGCGAAUGCUGUACACGUUGUUGCCCCGAAACGAGGCGCAACCAUCGAAGAGAAGCUAGAAAUUGCGAGAGAAACAGCAGGCGCUGUUGGAGCCCUCACUUGGCCUGAUGGAGAAAAGAUUGGCAGGGUGCAAACGACUUUUGAAUGCUCAGGCGUCGAAUCAUGCUUACAAUCAUCUAUAUACGCUACUCAAUCAGGCGGUUCGGUCGUUUUGGUCGGCAUGGGCAUACCCAACCACACUCUUCCCAUCUCAGACGCAUCACAUCGAGAAGUUAAUCUCAUUACAACCUGGCGAUACGCAAACGCUUAUCCCAGAGCAAUUGAGAUCGCCACAGCGUCCGUGACUGGAACUUCUAUUAACGGCAUUAGUCUACCAAAUGUUUCCAAACUUAUCACCCAUAGAUUUGAGGGACUCGAUUCAGUUCCUGUGGCGUUUGAGGCUGCAGGGAAGACUAGAGAUCAAAACGGGAACCUCAUCGUCAAGACUGUAGUCAAUACAUAG